AUGGCGUCGGGCGGCCCUGUACGAAACUUCUUGGCAGCAACGCCGCCAUCCAGCCACUCCGAGGCCAGCCAUUCUUGGCAGCAACGCUUUGCGGCUAGGCGGUCACCAGCACCUUCCGAGAAUGGCAAGUCUGGCGGCGCUCGUCGGCACUCGCAACGACCCGGGCUCGAUCGUCGACGCCGUACACUCCAACUUCGGGCGCACGGCAGUGCUGCACAUCCUUCGACCACUCGCUCGGCCACUGCACACAACACUCGGACCGAAGCGCACAAGCUUGUGGGCAUUGUAUACCCCACCGCUCGCUCGAUACCGACAGGGACGGAGCAAGACACGAUGCUGGGGCGAACGAAUGUGCUCGUGCUGCUCUGCACGCUCCUGCUCGCAGUACGCUCGACGGCUGCGCUAUACUUCUACCUCGAGCCCGACACGCCCAAGUGUUUCCUGGAAGAGCUGCCCAAUGACACGGUGGUGGUGGGCCACUACAUGACCGAAGAGUGGGACACCACUUUGCAGCGCUUUGUCGUCAAGGACGACAUGGGUAUCCACAUCUCCGUCCGCGAAGUGCGAGACGAUCAUGUCGUCACCUCGUCGCGCGGUCCACCCGAGGGCAAGUUCGCCUUUACCUCGCACGAGGCGGGCGACCACCGCAUCUGCAUGCUCGCCAAGUUCGACGGAAGACCCGCAGUGCAGGUGCGCAUGCACCUCGAUAUCGUCAUCGGCGACGCAAAACCCGACAACUCGCACAAGGAUAAGGCGCAUGUGACCGAUCUCGCGCAGAGAGUCAGAGACCUCAACGCCCUCCUCAGGGACAUUAGGAAGGAACAGCAGUACCAAAGAGAACGCGAGGCCCAGUUUAGGGACCUGUCCGAAGUGACCAACUCCAGGGCAAUGUGGUGGAGCUCCCUUCAACUCAUCACGCUGCUGGGCGCGUGUGUCUGGCAACUCCGUCAUCUUCGUGGAUUCUUUGAGGACAAGAAGCUGCGCUGA